AAACCACUAAUUUAUGCUUAUUUUCCUCUUUUCCCAGGAGGCAAUAAGAGAUGUCUCACUAUUCAUCCUCCCGCAGCUCGUCUCGGUCUACCGACUGUAAAGUGUACGUUGGUGACUUGGGCAAUGGUGCUGCCAAAGGGGAGCUGGAGCGAGCAUUCAGUUAUUAUGGCCCACUGAGGACCGUCUGGGUGGCCAGGAACCCACCUGGGUUUGCCUUCGUGGAGUUUGAGGAUCCCAGGGAUGCAGAAGAUGCUGUGAAGGGCAUGGAUGGAAAGAUUCUUUGUGGUUCCCGUGUUCGUGUGGAGCUCUCGACAGGCCUCUCCAGGAAGGGCCGUGGACGCCCCAGCCGACGCCAGUUUGACCCCAAGGAUCGUUGUUACCAGUGCGGGGACCGAGGCCACUACGCCUAUGACUGCUACCGCUUUAGCAAGAGAGGAGGCCGUCGCAGCAGGUCCCAUUCUCGUUCUAGAUCUCGCUCAAGGUCCAGGUCCCGUGGGCGCCGUUAUCUCUCUCGCUCCCGCAGCCGUAGCCCCAGCAGGAGCCGCCGCCGAUCUCCAUCCUAUUCCAGACGCAGGAGCCGGUCUGGCUCUCCAGCCUGUUCCAAGUCCAGGACGUCGGUGAGAAGUCGUUCCAAGUCUCGGUCUCGGUCCACCUCUGCACCCAGAGGGCGCUCUUCGCCCAGAGGUCGUUCCCCCCCCAGAGGGCGCUCCGUCUCACGUUCUCGCUCACGAUCUCAUUCAGCCGAGCACAAAAGGAACAGGUAAACCGUCUUAAUAUCUCUCACUCAUUAAAACAAGAUUUUAGUUAAUUAGUCCUGCCUGUUGUCAGUGUUUUAACCAGACAUGUUAAACUUGUGUAAACACUUAUAAGAAAGAAGUAAGGUCUAGACUAACCAGUAUAGAAUUAAGAUAGUUAAGACCACAACUAUCCUGCGUUCUAAGAGAGGCUUAGUUAUGUUCUUCACAUUAGCCAGAACUUAAGCGCUCCAUCCUAGCCAGGGAAUUACUAUUAAAUAACCCCCACAUCCACCCGGGAGCGUCACUCUGCCACCAAACAACUGCCAGAAGUGAGAUGGAUGAGCGAGACUCCUCGACGCAGAGAGAUCUGCAUCUUCGCCAAGUCUUCUGCUCUGCUGGGGGCCAGCUGUGGAGUGGGGGAUGGGUAGCGACAGUGACUUGGGCCCUCUGUCUGGUGUAGGGAAGUAUGAGUAAAUGAAAGAUUAGAUGUCCCCGUCUCUCCUGUGCUCUCUUUUACAGCUCUUGAUAGCUCUAUUUAACCUCAGCUUGAGCCUGAAAAGAGAGCACAUGAAAGAUUGUUUCUACUGAGCCAGUAAACUGUUGAGACUCUUAGCAGCUAAAACCAGGGACAUGUCCUCUGUACUCUUGCUUUCCUUUAAAGACACAAACUAUGUAGUUGUAUUUUAUAGAAAUGAAUUUAAGUGCAGACAUUGCAAGAGAGAAAACUGUAAUUAUGGGAUUGAUAAUUGUUAAGUAAAGAUGGUCUCAGGAAGUAUUUUCAAUGUUUUAAUUUCUUCUUAAAUUCCCUAUCAUGAAUCUGGCUAGAUCAAAGGAAUUCUCUAGAAAGAAUAUUAGCUGACGACACCCUUGGUGUGACUUAAGUUAAGCAUCUCUGCAGCACAGUUUUGUUUAUUUUUCAUAUUUUCUUUAAAGCGUGUGGUGGGAGCUGAGCACUGCACUGACACCACAGCUGAUCCCAGGCCCAUGGUCUGCCAGCUGGCGGUGUGUACGUCCUGCGGGAGGGUGACU